CAUUACCGCCUUCCCGCAGGAAAGUGAAACACAGGAUGAAGUGGAUCGUGGCAACAAUCGCUGUAUCCCUGGCCGUCGUGGUCAGUGGAUCGGAGUACAAAACCAACGUGAAAACCGAUCUCACAUUUGCGGAUAAGGACUUCCUUCUGAAGCAAAAGUUUUUCUUCGAGAUCUUGAGGAACAUCCAUCUCCCACUGCAGUAUGAAGAAUAUUUGCCCUACACCAAAACAUGGAUUGGUGACGAGACCAAGUAUACGAACUACGAUCAAGUGGUGGAGUUCUUUGAUCUAUUUAAACUUGGAUUCUUGGAGAAGGGUGAAAUUUUCACGAUCUACAACAAGUACUAUCUGAAGCAGACUUACCUGUUGUUCACCUUCCUGUACAACUCGUUGGAUUGGGAUACCUACUACAAGAACGUUCUAUGGGCACGUGAGAACAUUAACGAAGGAAUGUUCAUCUAUGCCAUUACGCUAACUGUGCUCCAUCGUACUGACUUGAAGGGAAUCGUUCUUCCAGCCAUUUACGAAAUCUACCCGUACUAUUUCUUCAAUACCGAUAUUAUCCGCACUGCUAGCUAUCGCAAAAUGUACGAUCCCAAGUUCGGAUUCUACGGUAGCGGAAAAUACAACGUAGUAUACUCCAACUUUACCCUAACAUACCCGCUGGAAACGAAACUUUUCGAUGAUUUCGACCUGAGCUACUACUAUAACGACAUCGGUUUGAAUUCUUACUACUAUUACUUCAUGAUGGACUAUCCAUUCUUCUUCGGAACUGACAAGUUCGGAUUGUUAAAGGAUCGCCGUGGAGAACUGUACCUGUACAUGCACCAGCAACUGUUGGCGCGUUACAAUUUGGAACGUUUCUCGAACUUCAUGUAUCCGAUCAAGGGACUGACCUGGAGCUUCCCACUUAAACUUGGAUACUUCUCGCUGUUGAGCUACUGGAACGGAGUGCCAUUCAAGAGCCGUGAUUUCAACUACAUGAUUAAGGACGAAGAUUAUAUCAAGCUGGACUUUAUUAAGGACUGGGAAAUGAGAAUCAGGAAGAUUAUUGAUCAAGGAUAUCUAUAUCUGAAAGAUGGAACGAAGAUUGACUUGCGCGACUGGAAAAACAUCGACUAUAUUGGAAACAUUCUCAAUGCUAACGUUGACAGUGUAAAUGAUGAAAGCUUUGGCUACAUUGAAAUUUUCUCUAAGCUUCUCCUAAGCGGUAAUAACUUUGAUACAAUGUUUUUCAAAACAUGGCCAUCAUCCCUAAUGCACUUUGAGACCACUCUGCGUGAUCCAAUUUUCUACUCUCUGUGGAAUCGCUUGCUAGACUUCUACUAUCUGUUCAAGAGCUACUUGCCAUACUACACAUUCGAUGAACUCACCUUCAAGGGUGUAAUCAUCAAGGACGUUGUGAUCGACAAACUGAUGACCUAUUUUGAAUACUUUGAUGCCGAUAUUUCCAACAUUAUUCCACUGACCAACGUCGACAAGUACUGGGACUUUACUGUGUUAGGCCGUACCAUUCGAUUGAACCACAAACCAUUCACCUACACGCUGGAUGUUAUGUCCGAGUUCACCGGAAAGGGCGUGAUCCGUGUAUUCCUGGGACCGAAGUUCGAUAAGCUGAUGGAUUUGGAAUACUACAAAAAAUUCUUCGUCGAAAUCGAUCAGUACCUGGUUGACUUGCUGGUAGGAAAGAAUACCAUCGUUCGUAACUCGCGUGACUUCUUCUGGAGCGUGAAGGAUCGUACUCUGUACACUGACUUGUAUAAGAAAAUCAUGACUGCUUAUACCGGAAGCGAAAAGUUCCCACUGGACAUGUCUGAGGCUCACUGUGGAUUCCCAGAUCGCUUGAUUCUGCCAAAGGGUUGGAUUAGCGGUAUGAAAAUGCAGUUCUACUUCAUCAUCACUCCCUACGUAACCAAGGAUGUGCAACAAGUUUCAUUCUUCGAUAAGUCAAUUUCAUGUGGAGUUGGUACUGGCCUUCGUUACAUUGAUGAUCUCCCGAUGGGAUUCCCCUUCGAUCGUGAGAUCAAUUACUCUUACUGGUACACAAAGAACAUGCUUUUCAAGGAUGUCCUCAUCUACCACAAGGAUAUAUGAAUGUGUGUAAUGAUUAACAAAUGUGUA